CUCACCUGAGGACAACAAGCGAGCAGGCGAACAAAUAAACAAGCAAACAAACAAACAAACAAACGAUCAGUGGCCAGCGCGCGGGGAUGCUUCGCGCGGGAGAAACGCGCGCGCGCGCUUCGCGAUAAGUGCUCGGUCGAUAAUUAAGUCGUAAUUACGUAAGUAGCGUUCAAGGUUGGCGUGUCUGCUGCGCUGCGCUAAAUUUAGCAGAACGAGCCGGAGGAGGACGCGCUCGUGUUUUCGUCCACAGAGGGAGUUUCUACAUUUUCUCCCCAGCGCACCUUGGAUUUCAGUCGUCACCACAAAGCAAGUGUGGAGCCGAGGACGACGUCAAACCAAUUCCAGACAGACCGAAGUCAGGGAGAGAGAUGACCCUCGUUUUGUCCAUGAAUCCUUUCCUGGACCAAGAAGGAGACCCACCACUUUCCGCAUAUCAGCCCAUAUGGGAAUCGGAGCGUUGCAGUAAGACCUGCCUGUCAAACCCGGCCCCGCCAUGCAGCUCUGACGAGCAAUUUACUCAAGAACCCCCCUGUAGGCGAGUCCCUGAUCAUGUUUCAGUGUCAAGGAUUGCAUACUUCAAGAGGAAGUUUGUUGAUGAUGAUGACGAGCCGUCCUUCAGUUUCAGGACAUACUGCCAGACUGUGGCACCGGUCCUGGAGGAGCGUGCCCACGUGCUGCGUCUCUCCUUGGAGAAGAUGAGAUUCAUUGACGACCCUGAGGCCUUCCUCCGUCGCUCCGUUCUCGUUAACAACCUUCUUCGCCGUCUGCGAGCUGAGAUCCUGCUCCAGAGCACUGACUGGUGCUUCCCCCCAAACCCAGCAUUUGCAACUGGCCAUUGCGUCCUUCCUCCCGGCACUAACCCAGCUAACCAAGCAAUCCACGGAGCAGUACCCACCCGGAUUUGCCUAGCACCCCAAGCCGGACCACCCUUCCGUAAGCGCUUCCGAAUGGUCCGUGGAGGACACGGUAAUCUUCGCCCUGACUGUGCCCAGACAUGCUGCUGCAUCUAUGCAGCGGCAGCCACUGCAGGACACUACCUCCACCUCCCCUUCUCCAUGUAUGAUGCCGCACUCUCUACCUGCCCGACCACACCACACUCCUCCUCAUUUUUUCAGCUAGCUAGCCAUAGUAAGUUAGGGCUAACAGUUGCUGUGGAAGAGCAUGAUGAUGAGGAUGAAGAUGUUGAAGAGGAGGAGGAAAAUGAAGAAGAAGAAGAAGAAGAAAGGGAAGAGGAGGAGGAAGAAGAAGAAGAAGAUGAUGAUGAAAGAAGACCAGGGCCCUCUGUUGAUGUUGUCAAAGACAAAUCAAGUCAGAAAAGGACCAGGACUUUGCUUGGUCAUGCACACACAAGGACAGAGGAAGACACCUGCAUGACAGAUAGAGUGGAAGAUGAGGAGGAGGGAGAGCAGGAGGAGGAAGAGGACGAGGAAGAGGAGGAGGAGGAAGAAGAGGAGCAGGUCAUGCGACCAUGUCAGUGGGUCUCUGAAAGAGAGCUCCACAAGGUUAGCUUCUGGCACCGCAGGGCUCACAGACAAUGACUGGACUUUCUGAGAUUCAACUCACAUUCUACAUUUGUUAAAAUGAAGAUGUAAUUAUGACGACAACUGUCAUUAGUUGAAGAUUACGCAACUGAUGAAGGUGCGAGUUACAUACCUUAUUGAAAUGCCAAGUCAACUUCAUUGUAAAGGUCUCAUAUACACACAGACAAGCUCAAUUCAACUAUAUUGCUAGUGUUAUGGUCAGAUGAAAAGUUAAAAAUAUUUGGCCUAUCUUAGCACUGGAAACAUUUCUCUAGCAAGUACAAAGGCUAAGGUCACAUAGGUGGGACCUGACAUCCUAAAGGUGAAGUGAAGCUUGCUAUUGCACUGUCUACAAGACCAUUUUCAAGCCCCACAGCACAACACUUCAAGUCUCAAAUGGGGCUUUAUAUUGGUGCAACGGUCAUUUCAGGACCCUAAACAAGCCUAUCAAAAGAAGGGAUAUGGAUAGUGUGUGUGCUUCUGUACGUGUGUGUUUGCAAGAUAUGAUGUAGCAUUUUUAAACUUGAGUUUAAGCUAUUCUUUUCAUUAUGAAACACGGGUUACACCUGAGUAUGUGUGCCUGUUGAUUUUGAUGCUGUCUCAGGCAAUGGCAAGUGACUGUGCUGCGGCGCGGGCACAAAGUGUGUUCUUCAAAUUAUUUUACGAGACAACAAUCAUAAACAUUGUUUGGAAAUGUUAAACCACAAUUUCAAGUGCCUUAGUGUUUUUAUAGAUACAUGUGUAUUGUGUUAAUGUAAUUGUUCUUGUUACUAAGUAGCUUUCUUGCAUUCCAAAUGUGUUUGACUAAAACCGGGCAUGUAGUUAAAUGCAGGGAUUCUUUCAAAUGUUGUUCAAAGGUUAAAGUUUUAAAUCUGACUAAAUUUCCUCACCCAAAAUGUGUUCUGUUUGUUUUAAAUACAAAAUGCAUGUUUUCUAACACUGCCUGUCUUGACAAUGCACAAAUGUAAAGCCAACCUUCAAGGUCAGUUGCCAAAACCUUGAAAAGAUACUUUUGUUCAAAACCUCAUUCACGUUUGUUUUUAUGCAGAAAAGGCUUGUUAUGGUUCGGUCGAUGAGCAUUUACUAAAACAAUUUGAAUCCAAAAACAUCAGACAGGGUUUGAUUUCAAAGAUUUAAACGUGCUAUAUGUAAGUUUUCUCUUGCUGGGAGUGAGUGGUUGUCUUCGAAGAGCUUCAGCGAUUUUUUACUUUUCAAAGAGAUUAUACGACCUCAGAGCAGCACUGCUUCUUGAGGGCAGACUGACCACUACAGUGGCUUGCUAUUGGAAAGAGACGAGCCAAGCUAAAUUGUUAGCAUUCUAACUUUGGUAGAAUUAAAGAAGUGAUAGAAAUAGAAGCAGAACAAGAGUUAGCAUUGACAUUGCUCUCUUCCCCUGGAGGCUCUUUGUUAGUUAAAAGAACAAAGUUUGAGGCUGACCUCCCAAAUGUUUCUUCUAGAAUAUUAAGUAAACAGCUGUUAAGGCUAAUGUUGGCUAUGUAGCGGUAGCAAAGACUUACAUAUAGCUCAUUUAAAUAAGAACAUAUAAUUAGAUACUGUAAAUAAAAUGUCACCUCUGUUGGUUUUGCUUUUCCCACCCAAUCAUUUAUUUAAGAGAUUCAGACAAACAAAUAUUUCAUCAUCAAGCAAGAAACACUCUACUCUCGAUCAAUGCAAACAUUUAUCAAUAGCUAGCGGCUAGAGAUCUACCUAAUGUUGUCUUACAAUAGUAAGCAUCAUAUAUAUCACCCAAAGCCUGGUUGCACAGGUAGCUGAUUUCAAAAAUUGCUGCAUUCAGCAACUUCAUUCAGCAACAAGUCAUUGACUUUUUGGAAAAUAUGCUUAAUUCCUUUCUUGCCAAGCGUUAGAUGACCCCUUUUAUAUCUGUACAUGACUAAUUAUGAAGCCAAUGUCUAGAGAUGAUUAACAAAGCUUAGCAUGGAGACUUAGCUUAGCAUGAAGAUAAUAAAAUAUUAGGUCAGGUAACACUCCUGUUGUUGUGCAAGUUAGGUAAACAACAAAGAACAUGCUCACUAGCGAGUUUUAGAGGUGUCUAUGUAAGGGGAUUGUUUAAGCAGGCUGGCUGUUCCAUCAUGUUUACAGUUUUUAUGCUAAGCUAAGGCUAGGUCUCCUCCCUCCAGCUUCAUAUUUACGGAUAUUGAUCUGGCAAGUGAGCAAAUUAACAUAUUUCCUAAAAUGCUGAACUUGAUUAAAAGAAUAAGCAAUCACAUGUCUGCAUUAGUGAGACGUUCUGAUUAGUGGUUUCUUGUUUGAUGGCCUCCCUCUUGUUUGGCACUUCUGAAGAUUAGGGUCCUCACACUGAUGACAAACCAAAGUAGUUAAAAAUGGAGAAAUAUAUCAGUCAGAAGUGAUGUUUUUUUUAUUUAUUCAUUUUUACUUUACUUUUUGUGAUGUCUCUUAAGACAAAAGUAAUGUGGAUGGUCUCAGUUGAUUUACAUGGUGGAUCGUCUCUUUUUUUUCAAUACUGACAUCCCUACAAGCAUCAGUGACACUAGAACAGGACGAGUAUGAGUAUCAGCCUAUUUAAUUUUAACUCUCUAAAACCUGUGAUUAUCUGUUUCUUUUUUUUUUUUUUUUUUGAUAAAAGGAUUUGACAAAGCAAUAUCUGUUUCUGAGACAAGAAUGUGUAAAACUGCAUUGUCUGUUAUUAAAAACAACAAAAGAGCAAGUUCUGCUCGGAUAAUUUUAUGUGAUGUUCUGUGACAAGUGUAAA